GCCAUCUUCGUCCACAUUAAAGGCUUAAACCCUAUAAGUCGAACCUCUUAGCCGUGCAUAAACCCUAGCUCCGUUGCCACAGAUAGAGAGAGAGAGAGAGAGAGAUGGGAAGCGACAGCGAAACAGAGAAAAGUGCGCAAAAGGAGAGGGAGAAGAAGAAGGUCUUGGCCCUCGCCCCUAUUGCAAAACCCUUAGCCGGUAAAAAGCUCAGCAAGCGCACUUUCAAACUCGUCCGACGAGCUGCGGAGCUCAAGUGCUUGAAGAGAGGUGUGAAGGAGGUGGUCAAAAGCAUUCGUCGUGGCCACAAAGGGUUUUGUGUGAUUGCGGGGAACAUAUCUCCAAUUGAUGUGAUCACCCAUGUUCCUAUCCUAUGUGAAGAAUCUGAUAUACCAUAUGUUUAUGUUGCAUCAAAAGAAGAUCUUGCAAAUGCUGGAGCUACAAAAAGGCCAACAUGCUGUGUAUUGGUGUUAACAAAGCCUGCUAAAGGAGAACUCACCCCGGAGGAUCAAGAAAAAUUGAAAGGAGAUUAUGAUCAGGCUGUGGCCGAAGUUCGUGAGCUAACAUCAUCUAUGUUUUGAAUUUUUAUGAUUUUGAAGUUUGUACUUAGAAAUGUACUCUGCUUCAUUUGUACUUUGAGUGGAUGGACAGCUUGACUUGAAUUUUUGAAGUGAAUUACACCAUACUGCAUCUUCGAUUUACUAGGGAGCAAAUGUUUUUCACAACUCUACUGAUGCUUUGAGGAAGUGAAAGUCUAGUCUUGUUUCAUUUCCAUUUCAUGAUGAUAGAAUUUUAUGUCGAGAAGAUCUUCCAGGUACGAAAUGCUCGUUGCAGUGUUCACAGGAUCCAUUUUCCGCGACUGAAUGAACAAGAUUUUAACCCAGUAUUUCUCUGCUUAGUGCAUUGCUUGAACCAAAGUGUUGAUAAAAAUCCAGCACUGAGCAAGCAAAUUUUUGUUUACUUUUUAUGGUUUAUGAUCAGUUUCGUUUUGGUAAUUGUAAAUUAUUACAUUGACUUUCGAGCUUCCAUUCUUGAUAUAUAUAUUGCUCAUUAAAA